AGCUAGUGUAGAAAAUAUUAGAAGUAUGAAUCCCUAUUGGUUACUUAUUAAUCAGUAAAUUGAUCUAUGUAGCACUGUUUUACUUUAAAAGAUAUACUUUGGUGAGGUAUCUUAUCGGCAGUUAGCAUUUACUCCUCAACUUUUCCUAACAGGUACGUACAUGUGAGGAAGUCAGACAGUGGUGACCUGCCUGUUCGUUUAUGAAAAUAUCAAGAAGUGUGGAGGGAGGUGACCUACCUUGAGGUGCAUUAGGAGGAAUGUGACCUACCUUGGGGUGCAUGAGCACGAAUGGAAGCUCAGCAGUGACCUCGCCUCCCAUGGCUCCCAGAAUUCUGCUCCCUGCCUACUACAGCGACUUACACUCCGUCUUGACCGUCCAGUCAAGCCACACCCAGGGCACUGCAAGACUGUCAAGUGCCAGCAAGAUACGUUUAAGUCAAUCAAGAUGGUGGUACAGUUCAAGGUAUUCAAGAAGGCGGCGCCCAACGGCAAGUUGACCAUCUACCUUGGCCGCAGAGACUUCGUCGAUCAUGUCUCCGCUGUCGACCCCGUUGACGGAGUGCUGAUGUUGGACGCUGACUACUUGCAAGGCCGUAAGGUGUUUGGUCAGCUGGUGUGCAGCUUCAGGUACGGCCGGGAGGAUGAUGAGGUGAUGGGCCUCAACUUCCAAAAGGAGCUCUACCUCGCCUCUGAGCAGAUCUAUCCUCCAAAGGUCGACGCUGAGGUCACCAAGCUGCAAGAACGUCUCAUUAAGAAGUUGGGUGGGAACACUUACCCGUUCUCCUUCCAGAUGCCCCUCAACGCCCCGCCUUCCGUGACCAUCCAGCCAGGGCGGGAUGACGAGGGUCGUCCCUGUGGCGUCGAGUAUUAUAUCAAGGUCUUUAUCGGCGACAAGGAAGACGAACACAGCCACAAGAGAUCUACGAUUGUAAUGAACAUCCGACGUAUCCAGUUCGCCCCCAGCAAGGUAGGCAAGCAGCCUUGCAGCAUAGUCAGGAAGGACUUCAUGCUAAGCCCCGGCGAGCUGGAGAUGGAGGUGUCGCUUGAUAAGCAGCUUUACUAUCACUACGAGAACAUCCUCGUUAACUGCGUCAUCAGGAAUAACAGCAACAAGACAGUGAAGAAGAUCAAGGCCGCUGUCCAGCAGUCUGUCGACAUCUGUCUCUUCUCCGGCGGCCAGUACCGCAGCACCGUCGCCAGCGUGGAGACUCAAGAGGGGUGUCCGAUCAACCCGGGGUCGGGCCUUCAGAAGCAGCUGACACUGUCGCCCACACUCAGCAACAAUAUGGACCGCCGAGGCGUCGCCCUCGACGGCCACCUCAAGAACAUCCACACCAACCUCGCCUCCUCCACGCUGCUGUCCAACCCUGAGUCCCGGGACAUGUUUGGCAUGGUCAUCUCCUACACGGUCAAGGUCAAGCUCUACCUGGGAGCCAUGGGAGGAGAGGUCACCGCCGAGCUCCCCUUCGUGCUUAUGCACCCCAAGCCUGACCUCCGGAGGCUGAUGAGAGGCGACAGUCAGGCUCAGGUUGAGGCCUUCCGCUCGGAGAGUAUGGCAGGCACUGUCGACGAGAGCUGAGCUGCUGGCGUCUCCUCACGUCUUCUUGUUGCCCUUUCACUCCUAUUUUGUCUUGCCCUCUCACUCCCCUUUCGUAUCGCCCUCUCACUCAACUUACCCACUCCUGCUGACUCCGUCACACUGCCCGAACCACCAUCAAGUACAUCUUUACAGGCGAUGAGUCACAAUAACGUGGCUAAAGUAUGUUGAUCAGAUCACACACUAGAAGGUGAAGGGACGACGACGUUUCGGUCCGUCCUGGACCAUUCUCAAGUCGAUU